CUUUCAGUGCACAUCCAACGGUCAUGGGCUGAACACGAACACAGACUAUCGUCGCCGCGCUCUGUUAUCAUUAUCCCAUCGAAGCGAUACGAUACGAUACGAUACACCCAAAAUAAAACGACAUUCAGCCAAAAGCAAAUACAAACACACAGAGACAACAGAGACACAAAGACACACAGAGACUGUUUGAGUUUGUUGGCUAAUUGAAAAUGUGGCUUACCGAUUGCCGAACGAUGACACGCUAUAAACAGACAGAAUUUACAGAAGAUGAUUCAAGUUCAAUUGGCGGCAUUCAACUGAACGAAGGCACAGGCCACACUGGCAUGCAAAUACGCUAUCACACAGCGCGGGCUACUUGGAACUGGCGCUCAAGGAGCAAGACCGAAAAAUGGCUGCUCAUCGCAACAUUUGCGAUGACGAUGACAAUCUUUACGCUGCUGAUCAUACUCUUUGCGGACAGCAACGGCGACAAGACGAAGCACAUACUACACGUGCAGCCGCACAAGAAGGAUUGCCCAUCGGGCAGCGAGCUGCCGUGCCUGAACAAGCACUGUAUAUUUGCGUCGAGCGAGAUCCUCAAGUCAAUCGAUGUAACAGUCGAUCCAUGCGACGACUUUUACGGAUAUGCAUGCAACCAAUGGAUCAAGAACAAUCCAAUUCCCGAGGGUAAAUCCACAUGGGGCACAUUUGGCAAGCUGGAGCAAAUGAAUCAGCUGAUCAUACGCAAUGUGCUGGAGAAGCCCGCAGCCAGCUUCAAGUCGGAGGCCGAGAAGAAGGCCAAAGUGUACUACGAGUCCUGCCUGGAUGCCGACGAGCAUAUGGAGAAGCUCGGAGCGAAGCCCAUGAACGAUUUGCUGCGACAGAUCGGUGGCUGGAAUGUGACCAGCAGCGGCUACAAUGUCUCCAACUGGACCAUGGGCAACACACUCAAAAUAUUGCACAACAAAUACAACUUUAAUUGCCUGUUUGGCUGGGCGAUCGGGGAGGAUGACAAGAACUCGUCGCGUCACGUCAUCCAAAUCGAUCAGGGAGGCCUCACCCUGCCCACAGCGGACUACUACAACAACAAGACGGACAACCAUCGCAAAGUGCUCAACGAGUAUAUCGAGUACAUGACCAAGGUGUGCGUCCUGCUGGGCGCCAACGAGACCGAUGCCCGUGUCCAGAUGCUGGGCAUCAUUAACUUCGAGAAGAAGCUGGCGAACAUCACCAUACCGCUGGAGGAUCGUCGCAACGAGGAGGCCAUGUACCAUCCCAUGAAGCUGCGCAAGCUGGCCAAGCUGGCGCCCUUCCUCAACUGGACGGACCAUUUCGACAAUGCGCUGCAGAUGGUCAAUCGGCGCGUCACCGACGACGAGGUGGUCGUUGUCUAUGCGCCCGAAUUCCUCAAGAAUCUCUCCGAUAUAAUCCUGAAAAUGCAGCAGACCGAUGAGGGAAAGAUCACUUUGAACAACUAUCUGAUCUGGCAGGCGGUGCGCACACUGACCAGCUGCCUCUCGAAGCCCUUCCGGGAUGCCUACAAGGGUGUGCGCAAGGCCCUGAUGGGCUCCGAUGGCGGGGAGGAGAUCUGGCGCUACUGCGUCUCGGACACCAAUAAUGUCGUGGGCUUUGCCGUGGGUGCGAUAUUCGUGCGUCAGGCAUUUCAUGGGGAGUCCAAGCCGGCGGCGGAGCAGAUGAUUGUCGAGAUACGGGAGGCCUUCAAGCACAAUAUGCAGAAUCUCACGUGGGUGGACAAGCAGACACGGGAGAAGGCCAUCGAGAAGGCCGACCAGAUCUCCGAUAUGAUUGGCUUCCCCGACUACAUCCUCGAUCCGGCCGAUCUGGACAGAAAGUACGCGGACUUGAACAUCACCGCGAAUGCGUAUUUCGAGAACAAUCUGCAGGUGGCCAUCUACAAUCUGAGGAGUAACCUGAAGCGGCUCGAUCAGCCGGUGAACAAAACCAACUGGGGCAUGACACCGCAGACGGUGAACGCCUACUAUACGCCCACCAAGAAUCAGAUUGUCUUUCCCGCCGGCAUACUGCAGACGCCCUUCUUCGACAUUAACAACCCGAAGAGCCUCAAUUUCGGCGCCAUGGGCGUCGUGAUGGGCCACGAGCUGACGCACGCGUUCGACGAUCAGGGCAGGGAGUACGACAAGUUUGGCAACAUCAAUCGCUGGUGGGAUGCCAAGAGCAUUGAGCGAUUCACCGAGAAAUCCGAGUGCAUUGCACGCCAGUACAGCAGCUACAAGAUGAACGGAAGGAAUCUCAAUGGCAAACAGACGCUGGGUGAGAACAUUGCCGACAAUGGUGGCCUCAAGGCAGCCUACCACGCCUACCAGCACACCAAGAGCGAAAAGGAGGCGGACAUCCUGAAGCUGCCCGGCCUCAAUCUGACACAUUCGCAGCUCUUUUUUGUGUCCUUUGCACAGGUGUGGUGCUCCAGCACCACAGAGGAAACGAAUCUGCUGCAAAUGGAAAAGGAUCCGCAUUCGCCGUCACAGUUCCGAGUCAUUGGCACGCUGUCCAACAUGAAGGAGUUCGCCGAGGUCUUUCAGUGUAAGCCGGGCAAGCGCAUGAAUCCCAGCAGCAAGUGCGAGGUGUGGUAAGAGGGUCGGAGCCUGGCGGAGUCUAUGCCCAGAGCGAUCUCAGAGCAAGAGCUAUAUACACAUAUAUGAUGCAUAUACAUAUAUCUACGUACACAUACAUGUAUGGAUAACUAAACGCAGACUAUGUUGCCAUUUCCUGUUCGUUUUAAAUAUUUCAAAUGAAUAUUAACUGGGUUCGUAAGUAACCUUUUUCGUCGCAAGACCGUCAGUCAUUGUGCCUAUGCCAGAAACGAUAGAGAAAACUGACGAUAAAUUUAUAAUUUUUUUGAUGCAGGCGGCAGGCUGCAGGCUGCAGUCUGGCAGAUAUAUAUAUAUAUAUAAAUGAUAAACUGUAACUUAGCUAUUUGUAGAACUUAUGAAUGUAUAUUGUAUUAUAGGGAUACCGAAAAUACCGAAGUUCUCGAAUUGUGUAAGCGAGAUAGCUAGUGAUUUGCGUAUGUGAAAGCGACAGAGAUAGCGAUAGAGAAAGAGAGAGAGAGUCUUGAGCUUUUGAGUUGCCAAAAUAUGAAGGAAAAAUCUAAACGAAUUUGACUAUUAAAUAUUUAUUAUUUAUUUGUUGCCGGUUAGCAAAACAUCCAAUUGAACACACAAUUAUUUAUUAUUUAUUAUUAUUCAUAUUUUUACUCGCUGUGCCAGCCGGAAAGCAGGAGGGUGAAUGAGAGAGGUGGUAGGAAAGGAAAGGAAAGCAACAACAAAACACCAAAUAAACUCUAAAUACAAAAAUAAAACAAACACCAAAUCUACACCAAAAAUAUAUACAUAAUGCAUAGUUAAUCAAGCAGAUAUCGAAAUUAUAUACAUACAUAACUAGAGCUAUUCACUUGAAAGCGUUUUCUUUUGUACAAAAGAAAAACAUAUCGAAAAACAAACAAAUGAGCAAAAAAAAAACAAACUGCAAACACCAAAGUUGGGCUCAAACUCCAAAUAGCUAAGACAUAGAGAUACUAUCCAUAAGUAAUAACAAAAAAUCCAAUCAAACAAUCAGCGCACAAAACGCCAUACAUACGUAGCAUACAUGCUUACAUACAUGUAUGUAUGUAGUUAAUAUGUGUGCAUGUAAAUUGGUUCCUGGACGCCACUCAACUCUCAAGGGCGAAGCAGAGUGUUCCCCUUUUGGUUUUGGUAUAUCGAAAUACUGACGGUAUACGAGCAUGUACUCGUGUGCAUACUAAUGCAUUUACGUAACUCUCAUUUACUUUAUUUCCGUUGGUCGCUCAGUUCUGAACAGAUAUGGAAACCA